UGUUUUGUACUACCUUUUGCGCCGCCUCCGCAGUUUUCGCGCGUUAAUGUCGAAGUUCGCGCGAAAAAACAGGCAAAGGGUUAUGUUGUGACUCCCUACUUCGGCGGGAACGUGCACUACAAGCGCAAAAUGUCACUGAUGAAGCAGACUGCUCUCACGCGCUAUUACGGCGUGAAGAAACAAGGUCCUGCGUUGAAGAACAAACGGACUACGUUCGGAGGCAGCGUCGACUCUUUGCGAACACCAAAGACGGUGCCUCGGGGCUUGAUCGCUGCCAAUUCAGAGCCGUAUGCCAGCUUGCCUCACAAGAGAAGACGCAUCGAUGCUGCUGAGAAAACGCCGGUGUCGUCGAAGCAAGGUGACUGUUUGCCACUUCGGCGACCCCCUACUUCUGUUCGCAAGCGCCUUCUUCUCCAUGAAGAUGUUGGCGGAGCCGACAUCACGAAAACCAGCGCUACCCUGCCGUCUUCACUGCUUGAAGAGACGGAGAAGAAGCCAGGCACACCGCUGAAGCAGGCGCCUGACAAAACAGAGAAUCUGAAGAGCGCCGUCAUGAAAAGGCUUAUGGCGUCCGGCAAACUGCAAGAGCUGCAGGAUAGGCUGAAGGCUAUCGACAGCGCGCAGACUGCUCUUAACAAUGUGCAGGCAGCGAAGAAAACCCAAGAACAAGCCGCGAAAAGUCCGGCAUAUGAGCGCUUUCACCACCUUACAGAGCCACAGCCAACGGGCCUGACCCUUCCGUACAGCUACAAAGAACUGGUCGAAAUAUUUCGGUGCUGUGACACAAUCGUUAGUAUGUUGUUCAACAGAAAGGAAGUUUGCACGUUUGACAAACUGAAGCGCUCUGUUGAGGAGAUGUCAAAGAAAAGCUUCUGCAAGGCCAAACUCGGUCAGAUCACAGCAAUCUUCCCAGAUGCAUACAUUUUAAGUCAAGAGAAAUUGCAGCAGCGAGGACUCACCGACAGUGGCUACCAUCUGGUAGUGACACCACGUUUGCCCCCGGAAAGCUCAAAGUUGCUCACUGCAGCCCAUCUUCUGCACCGCAGAAAGCAGUUUCACUCCCUUCUACUGUCAUCUGUGAAAAUGCACCAUGAGAAGUUCCUUCAGAGUUUGGACCCACCCGUCAGUAUUGCCGGGGAUGCUUUAACCCGCUGGCAUCCGAAGUUUCCCUUGGAUAGCGUACCCUCCAUAUGUCCAACACCUCUGCCAGAGUCGCCGCUGAAGAAAUCCUGCACCUCAGCACAGGAUGUGCUGGACAAAGUCAAGGGAAGGCUCGGUGAGCGCAUUGAAAAAGCAUUGUUGAGCUUGAAUGCAGACCAGCGGACAACUAUUAAUGCGCCGCCGUCACAGAGUAACAACGUGGCCAGCACAUGCUUGAAAGGCAUAUCUGAGGAUCUUCUUGCCCGAAUUCGUGAACGAGAGUCAUUCAAACUUGUGAAAGAAAUGACACUUCGACCAGAGGAUGAAAAAGAGCGAGCAGAACUCGCUAAGCUUCCAGAGUUCAUCAGAAUCACACGGUCCCACUUCCUUGCUGAGCAGAAGGCAGCUAUACCGAAGGAUGACCUUGUGCAGAAGAUCAGAGAAAGCUUUUCAUCUAUUCAGGGAGUGGCUGAAGUGGAGUCCCUCAUCAUUCUUGCUUCAAAAGUGCUCCCUGAUUGGUUUAAGGUGCUAACUAUCCGGCGCGGCACAUUUGUAAAGAUUGUGAAGGAGACUGAUAUUAAUGGUCUCGUUGCACGUGUAACUAACAAGCUGCAGCAGUGAAGCUAACGUGGAUAUUACACGCUGCUGUUUUUAAUCAACACAUUGUAUUCAUGUGCAGUACGAGCAGAUGGCAUCUUUUUAUGUUAUACUGUGAAAUAGGCAACAUGUUAUCAAUGUCAUGCAUCGUAUGUACGUAUUGUGCAUUUCAUUGAGCUACUUGUAGUGCCUUUCACUUUUUCAUGCUUUUUGUAUCAUGGUUUUGCACAUUUUAAACGUUUUAUACAAUACUUUACACAUUUCAUAUGGCUUUUUAUACCACCUAGGUGUGAUGUUUUUUCGUUGGAAAGCCACACCUUGUGUAUCAUGUAUACUUGCACAACUUUAUUGUAACUGCUCAUGCUUAUACUUUAUAUCUGUUCAUGCCCAUGGUUUCUUCAAGUGAAAUAAAGUAUACAAUUUGAUGAUUAGA